UCCCAGCAUGCUGUAACAGCUGACGCGGUGCACGCCUGUCUCUCUGUCUUCUGCAGCUCAGCACGUUCGCCAAGAAAAUAACUCGUCAUGACUAAAGAGGACGUUCAGGGGGCAGCGGCGGUGGAGGAGGACCAGCAGGCCCCGUCAAAGAAAGCCCAGAAGAAACAGCAAAAGGAAGCAGAGAAAGCUGCAAAAAAGGCUGAGAAACAGGCCAAGCUGGCUGGAGAUCAGACAAAUGAAGAACAAGAUGACUUUGCCAAGGACCGUUACGGUGUGUCAGCAAUGGUCCAGUCCCAACAAAAACUGGACAGGGCUUUGGUGCUGGUCAAAGACCUUACUCCAGAGAGGGCCGACGAGUUGAUCUGGUUGCGUGCCAGAGUUCACACCAGUAGGGCUAAAGGGAAGCAGUGUUUCUUGGUGCUACGCCAGCAGCAGUUCAACGUGCAGGCAUUAGUCGCAGUGGGAGAUCGUGCCAGCAAGCAGAUGGUCAAGUUUGCAGCAAACAUCACCAAGGAAAGUAUUGUGGAUGUGGAGGCAUCAGUGAGGAAAGUGGACCAGAAGAUCGAGAGCUGUACCCAGCAAGAUGUGGAGCUUCACAUUGAGAGGAUUUUUGUCAUCAGCCAGGCAGAGCCCCGUCUCCCGUUACAGUUGGAGGAUGCUGUUAGGCCUGAAGUAGAAGGGGACGAGGAGGGAAGAGCCACAGUCAACCAGGACACCAAACUGGACAACAGAGUGAUUGAUCUCAGGACCACCACCAGCCAGGCCAUCUUUCGUCUGCAGUCAGGAGUGUGCCAGCUUUUCAGAGAUACCCUAACCAAAAAGGGUUUCGUGGAGAUUCAGACACCUAAAAUCAUAUCAGCCGCCAGCGAGGGUGGAGCCAACGUCUUUACGGUGUCCUACUUUAAGACCAGCGCUUACCUGGCCCAGUCUCCCCAGCUGUACAAACAGAUGUGCAUCUGUGCAGACUUUGACAAGGUCUUCUGUGUGGGACCAGUUUUCAGAGCCGAAGACUCCAACACCCAUCGUCAUCUUACUGAGUUUGUGGGUUUGGAUAUUGAGAUGGCCUUCAAUUACCAUUACCACGAGGUGAUCGACUCAAUCACUGACACCAUGGUCCAGAUCUUUAAGGGGCUGAGAGACAACUUCCAGACUGAAAUUCAAACUGUAAACAAGCAGUUCCCCAGCGAGCCUUUCAAGUUUCUGGAGCCGACUCUGAGACUGGAGUACAAAGAGGCGUUGGCCAUGUUGCGCGAGGCCGGGGUGGAGAUGGGCGACGAGGAAGACCUGAGCACGCCAAAUGAAAAGCUACUUGGCCGCCUUGUCAAGGAAAAGUAUGAUACCGAUUUCUAUGUUCUGGACAAGUACCCGCUGGCUGUGAGACCUUUCUAUACGAUGCCGGAUCCCAACAACCCUAAAAAUUCCAACUCCUAUGACAUGUUCAUGCGUGGAGAGGAAAUCUUGUCUGGAGCUCAGAGAAUCCACGAUGCUCAGAUGCUGACAGAACGGGCCGUGCAUCACCAGAUUGACCUGGAGAAGAUCAAGGCAUACAUCGACUCCUUCCGUUAUGGCGCUCCUCCACAUGGCGGUGGAGGCAUUGGCCUGGAGAGAGUCUGCAUGCUGUACCUGGGGCUCCACAACGUGCGCCAGACCUCCAUGUUCCCCCGUGACCCCAAACGCCUGACACCUUGAAAUUGUCAAGCCAUCUUUUUAUUACCAGAUUACAAAUCACAUAAUGAUGAUGGGAAACUGCUAAUUCACAAUGCUGGUUAAAUGGGUUCGUGCCACAAAGACACGAACAUGCUACUGGGAUUAAUUUCUACUAUGAGAGAUUGGAGUCAGUGCAACAGUAGGGAACUUUAUUGAUUGUUGUGAACAGAUGUCUAACAACAAAUAACAGUUGAAAGGGAGGAGGUCUGCAUUCAAGUUAGGUUGGAAAGUUGCACUAGUCAACUUGUCAGCAUCUCUUAAGAGGAUACUACGACUACCUGUCUCAAGUUCUAACUACCUCCAACUAACCAUCGUGGUUUCCUACAGUAUGUCUGUAACUAGGUGAGUGUUUUUUUUAAAAUCAAAUGAAAAGAACAAAUCAUGGCUCAUAAAAAUAUUUUUCACACCGUAAAGCUGUCUUUUGUGUUC